UUUUAUGCCAUAUUUGGAAAGAGCUCGGUAAAUGAACCCAAAGGCAAUUAAACGACAUAAAGUCGAACAUGUAACAUAUUGUUUGAACAUUACUAAAUAAACGACAUAAAGUCGAACAUAUAAAAUAUUGUUUUGAACAUUGUUUAUAUGCUAUUUGUCUAACUGAACAUAUGAAAAUUCAUUAUUAUCUUUCAUCUUUUGUUAAGUAUAUACAGUUAUAAGUGCCAAAUUAAUUGAUUGUCAGUAUUAUCAUUUGUGCCAAUGAUUUAGAUUGUUAUUGUUUUAUGCAUAAUAGUAAAUUCUCAAGUUAAGUAUCUAUAGUAGCAGUUUAGUAAUCAUCAGUUUAAUAUGUUUUUAUUUCAAUCAGAUAUAUAAAUAAUUAAGGUUGUGUUGUUAAUCAGGUUAUUAUUAUUCAUUCCAAACAUUUUACAUUGCAGUAUUAUAAUGAUAAUGAUUUAUAUUUUAAUACUCUUUGCAUGUACCCCUAGACAUGAGUAAAGUUGAAACGUUGUUAUAUUUUAGUUGAACAAUUAGUUAAAUGUUUUUAUGCCACAUGUUGUUAUGCAACGGCAGUCUCCGCCAUGUUUUAAGUAGAAAGAAUAAAGACAAUGAAUUAAGAACAUAUUCUUUUCUUUUUAGACUCCGUAUCAUAUCUUCAAUUUGACCCGGCCAACACAUUACCUGUUAUAGAUAACGAAACCGAAAAUGGACAUAUUUUAAAUAAGUUAAUCUGUGUAAAGGAAAAUGGCUGCCAUUUCGGGGAGUGAGAUUGAGAAACAGUCAGAUGAAACACUUCAUCUGUUAUGUUCUCCCUGUAAACGUAAGGAAAUAAAUAAAGAAGCGGACAAAUAUUGUGUUGACUGCCAUGAUUAUUAUUGUUCGGAUUGUCUAAACGUUCACAAUGAAUUUCCAGCCUUGUCUGGACAUAAAAUUCUAGAUAAAGAUCAAGUCAAAGAUGGGGCGACCGGAACAUUGCCUGUAACACCAACACAAAGAUGCGAGAGACACGGGUUUAAACCUGUUGAUAUGUAUUGCCAAGGUCACGAUAACGUUGGGUGUACUUCAUGUAUGGCAAUAGAACACAGGUCUUGUAACGAUGUUUUCUACGUGCCUGAGUACGUCUUAGAUCAUGACCCUACAACUCAAUGUGAAGACGUUCAACGCAAAAUGCUAGCUGUUACCGAUGACAUUGAAUUUCAGCUAAACAUUCGACAACGGGAAAUAAAACGUCUGUUUCAGCGGAAAAAGAAGAAGUUGAAAACAUAAAACAGUUCCGGAUUGACAUCAACCAGAAACUUGACAAUCUUGAAAAGAAAUGCAUUGAUAACAUAGAAGAUAAAUACAAAGUAUUAAUCAAGAAGUUUGAAGAGCAAAUUACCAUAUUGACAACUUUCCAAACAGAUGUUCAGACUUCAGCAGCAGAUAUUAUAUCCGCCUC